CGAUAGGAACUGAGAGCUUGAAUUCCGGGAUGCCACCCAAAUAAUACCAAAUUAGUUCGAGCCUCGCAUCAAUUAGGAUGAAAUAGCGAAAAUCGUGCCCAUCGUGAAUUGUUAGCAUCGGCGCCAUGCAUGAACCAUAACUGCUGGCAGUUAUGGUGCGAAAAUGGUUCAAAACAGUGCAUUAAUCCUACUGGUGGUUAUCGCAGUUUCCGUUGCAAGUGGUACUUCCGCGAAUAGUACAUUACAGGUGAAGUUUGUUCCACGAGACUAUGUGAUCACCUUGGACAAAGCAAUAGAUUUAUGUGUAUGGAUAGAAGGAACUGCAAAUACAAAUGCUUCGAUAAGGAUUACAGCUGUGAAUGAUGUGGACCAUGUGAACAUAACACCUUCGCUGUUUUCAAUCAACGGAGAUGUUAAUUACAAUAAUACCCCUUUUAUUGUGUCAGCUGUUGGACACCAUCAGGGGAACUUCAUAGUGAAAGCUGUUAUCAAACCUGAGGGCGUCGUAGACGAUCGGAGAAUAUAUGCUUGGUUGAAGGUGGCUUUGAGUGAACCCUUGGUAUAUGUUUCUCUAGCAAUCGGUUGGGUCUACACUUUAUGCUGGUCCAGUGGGUAUUACCCUCAAAUAUUACUCAACUAUCAACGGAAAAGUGUGGUCGGAUUGAGUAUGGAUUUUUUACACAUCAACAUUGUUGGUCAUGUUUGCUAUGCCAUAUUCAACUCGCUCAUGAUCUGGAACAGCUACAUUGAGCAAGAAUACGCCAAUCGUCAUCCACUUGGUCUCGAUCCGGUGAUUGGAAACGAUGUAGGAUUUUCCGUUCAUGCGUCGUGCGCAACCGGUAUCACCAUUCUGCAGUGCUACAUCUACGAGCGGAACGGAAAUACGGUGUCACUUGCGGCCAAGGGUGUCAUAGGAUUUUACCUCAGUGCCAUUUUGCUAUCGGCGUGCAUGGCAGCAUCUGGGGUGAUUCAUUGGCUGGAUUUCCUGUAUGUGCUAAGUUGGAUCAAACUGUCGACGUCAUUCGUAAAGUACAUUCCACAGGCAUACAUGAAUUAUAAGCGCCAAAGCACAGAAGGCUUCUCUAUUGUGAAUCGAAUCUCGGACAUCGCCGGAGGGCUAUUCGGUGUCCUGCAGAUGAUAAUCAAUGCCUGGAAUUUUGAUGACUGGCAUUCGAUUACAGGAAAUGCUGUCAAAUUCGCAUUGGGAGUGAUUUCUAUCCCAUUUGAUUCACUUUUUAUUUUUCAGCAUUACGUCCUAUACAGGUUGAUUGUGAUAUAAUUUAUAUCAUUGUAAAAAAAUGUAAUAUUUAAGAUUUGUUUUAGGAAGCCGAAAACCAAAGACCCAGUUUGCAAUGGUGGGACAUCAAAGG